AUGAAGUUGAAAACUCUGGAGUCAACACUGUCAAACGUGGAACCUUUUAGGGACCCUAAACUGGAUCUAGAACAAUAUCUCACUAGUCCACACAUUGCAGGUCACAUGUUAUACCAUAUCGAGAUGAAGUUUGGAGACAUUGAAGGAAAGACUGUUGUUGACUUGGGAUGUGGGACUGGAAUGCUAUCCAUUGCUGCCUCACUCAUGGGAGCUAGCUACUGUUUGGGUCUAGACAUUGACGACGAUGCCCUUAGCAUUGCCAGGGAGAAUUUGGAUGAUGGUGAAAUAACAAACGUCGAUUUAUUAAAAGUUGAUGUCAUAGAGAAAAGGUUCAGAAGGUUAAACGUCCGAGUUGAACCCGUGACCCAGAUAAAGUUUGACCUUCCGAGGUCAUACAAGAAUCAUAGACGUGAAUCGUUGGAUAUCGAAGUUCAGAUGUUAAGGUUUUCAAGGAUAGAUGGGUGA